CCUGCUCCUCCAACAUUAUUAUUCUCCUAGCUACUUCCUAUAUACUUGAACUUCAAUAUUCAAUUGAAUUCACAAUCUCUUAUCAUGUCCUCAGAAGCAGCCGCAUCAGAUACACAACCUUUCACAACCAAUUCCUCGGAUGGUGGCCAUGGCAUAGUGAAGGACGUUGUCCUGUGGAGAAGAAAGAAACUAAGUGCACUUGUUCUUGUAGCGGCAACAGCAACAUGGGCGUUGAUGCAAGUAUUUCAAUUCAACUUCCUCACUGUCAUAUCUUGGGCAGCCAUAUUUCUUGUUGCCUCAAUUUUUCUCUAUGCCAAUGUGUGUAGACUUUUGGGCAAGGGAGCACCGAGCUUGUCCAGAUUGGAAUUGAGGGAAGAAACUGCUAUGGGAAUGGGAAACACAGUUCGAGCAUGGAUUGAAGAAGCAAUAAGGUGGUUGAUCCGGGUGAGCACAGAGGAAGAUUGGCCUGCAUUUGUGAGAGUUGUUGCUGGGUUGUGGUCACUCUCUUAUGUAGGAAGCAGCAUGGACCUCCUAACAUUCAUUUACAUAGGUAUAUUGGUGGGCAUGACACUUCCAAUCGCUUAUACCAAGAAUGAAGACAGGAUCAAGAGACUCAUGGAGUGGUUGAAGGAGAAAUACAAGAGAUCCUAUGAGAUCAUUGAUCGGAAAGCCAUUAAUGAGAUCAAAAGCAAACUAGUGAAUGACAAGGGGAAGAAAACAGAGUAGUUUUUUAUUUUUUUAAUCUUAGCCAAGCUAUCCUGAUCAUAUCAGAGGGUCAUGAAACGUGAGACAAAUUAUAUGCAUGGUUGGUGUAAAUAUUGAAUAAUGAAUAGUCGGUAUACAAAUUUUAUGCAUGGUUAUGUAAUAUUAAAUAAUAAUAA